CAGUCUGUCAAUGUCAUUUGACAGAAUAACAACUUUUUGCGAAUUAUUUUUAUUUUUCUCAUAAAUCAUUCAAGUUUUCUAGGACCUCAUUUUAAUUUUUAUACAGAAAAGAAAGCCGAAAAGAUCCUGCAAUCAUGGGUGGUGGAGAUUUGAAUGCCAAAAAGUCCUGGCACCCGAAUACGCUGAAAAACCAGGAACGCGUGUGGAAGGUAGAGCAGGCAGAUGCAGCUGAGAAGCGGAAGCUCGCUGAGCUUCAGAGGGAGAUUACAGAUGAACGGAAUCGGGAGGAAUUGAAGAAAUUGGCACACACAUCCGGAGUCAUUGACAUGGGGGACGACAAGAAGCUGGAGUGGAUGUACAGGGGCCCGACGGAGAGUGUAAAUCGAGAGGAGUACCUUCUGGGGAGAGCAGUCGACAGGACCUUUGAGCAGCUCACUGAAGCUGAUAAUCAGAUGAUUGGAGUGACUGUGCCGAAGAAUCACGUCGAGCAUGAAUGUAUUCCCUUCUCUAUCCGGGCAUUCAGAGGCGCCGAAGGUGGGGAGCAGGUUGACAUGGCCAGGAAGAUCAUGGAGGAUCCCCUAAUGGCCAUAAAGCAGAAGGAAAUGGAAUCCCGGAGGAAGCUUCUUGAGAAUCCCGUCAAGUUGAAGGAACUUCAUCGUUUGCUGAAGAUUGAUCAGCCAAAGGGAUCAAAAAAGAAGAGCAAGAAGGAGAAAAAGAAGAAGAAGAAGCGCAGAAAGAGUAGUUCCACCUCUUCUGAGUCUGAAGGGAGUGAUUUAGAUGAACUCCUCGCGAAGAAAUACAAGAAAAUCCAGGAAGUCAUCAAUACGGAAAGUGGUGAAGGGAAUUUGGAUCUCAAUCAAUUGCUUGAGGAUAAGUACGAUAAAUUGACGCAGGAGCUGGAUAAGAUGGGAUCUAAAAAGUCCAAGAAAUCAUCAAGGAAGGAUGAUGAGAGGGAUCGUUCGAGGAAGAGAAGUUCAUCAAGGGAGAAAUCACGAAGGCGCGAUGAGAGAUCUCCUUCACGGGAUAGGUCCAGGAGAAGACGCGACGAGAGAUCUUCAUCACAGGAGGAUAGGACAAGGAGAAGAGGAGGAGCAGAGAAACGUCGACGAACCCCAUCUCCUGUGAGAACGAGACGUGUUUUGGACGACGAUGAAGGAAGUUCCCGGAUAGUUACAAAGAACUACGGCCUUGUGUCUGCUGAUGGGAAAUCCAUAAAGAUUGAUGACAGGCAUAGGAGGGAGGAGCGCCCAAGGGCAUCUGCAAGUGAUUCAGGCACAUCCAAGAAAGCAAAAACCUGGACAAGACCUGAGAGGCAGCACCUCACGGAGGAGGAGAAGGAAGUAAAACGUCGGGAAAUGAUGGAGAAUGCAGUGUGGCGGGACAAGGAACGUGAGAGGAACGUCAGGAGGUAUCGUGAGGAUGACAGGAAGCAGAGAGCACGAGAUGAUUCACGUGAAUUCGACAAGAACUUCAUCAACAAGGAGAUCCACAAGGCAGUUAGCAAGGAAACCGUAGAGUCUCGCAUUAAAUCUAAUGUGAAUAAUAUUCAGCGCUCAUCGCACUCAAUGAAUGACCAUUUUGCACGGAGAUAGGACUCAGGGAGAAGAUUUUAGGGGAAGGGAGGCAUCCUGGACAGGAUUUUUUACUGGCCGGACUGGUAGGAUAAACAAUAAAGCAAAUAUUAAGGAAA